AUGAUGCUCUUGUUGUCACAUCUAUACCUUUUGCAAGUCAAGUUGUCUCAGUAUCGUAUCAAGAUGUCCGGGAAUCAUUUCAAGUUGACCGAUAAUUAUUUCAAGAUGUCUGGCGAUUAUUUCAAGUUGUCCCAGUAUCAUUUCAAGAUGUCCCCGGAUUAUUUCAAGAUGUCCGGGAAUCAUUUCAGCACCGGUGAAGUCAAUGCGAAAACUUGA